GCUGCCGGUAUUGGCAGAAAAWCGCCGGAGCAAAGUACUUUCUAAUACGCUCACACUCAUAAAUGGGAAUUUUAUUUUCGAUUAUCUGCAAUGUAUUUGCACGCGCGCGGCAGAAUGACUGUGCUUCGGUGGAGUCGUGCAUAAAAACUUAAUUAAAGUUUCUUUUAUUCUAAAUGUUUAAAGUGUGCGGGUCAAAAAGUAAAAGAAAAAAAAAAAAAAUUAAUAAUAAAUGCAAAUAACUAAAAGGAAGUGUGCCAAUGAUUAGAUAGUGUUUGCGUCAUAGUACAAAACGUUGUGAAAUGAAUAAGCAAUUGUAUUUGUUGUUGGAUGUAAACAAAUUGCCUUAGGAAUAAAUCAAUAGCCAAGGUGCAUUGUUGUGUUUGUUUUCGACUUUCUUGGCGGUAUAAAAUUUGGUUGCAAGCAGACAUUUCCGUGAGAAUGGACUCACCAACACCGCCAAUUGUAAUCGACGAUCCGAACGGCUCAGCAAUGGAUGCUUGCUUCACCGCUUUCGAUAAGGACGGCGAUGACCGUCUGAAUUUGGGCGAAUUUACACUCAUCUGUCGGGCAUUAUUCCGCAACGACAAGGGGCAUAUUUACGAUGUGCCAGCUGAACGGUUGCAGCAGAUUUUCGAAGUAUUCGAUACCGAUGCUGAUGGCUACAUAGACAGGGAGGAAUUUAAGUUCUGCUGGAAUCGCUGGAUUAAAACAAUUGUGCGACCGGUGAACGCUUUCCUCAUUGUUGAUGUACAAAAUGAUUUUAUAAGUGGAUCCUUGGAUAUAAGUAAUUGCAGUGCACAGCAAAAAGGACAUGAGAUAUUGGAGCCCAUCAACAAUUUGUUGGAAAUCGUGGAGUUCGAUGCCAUUUUCUAUUCGYUGGAUUGGCAUCCAAGCGACCAUGUCUCGUUCAUUGAUAAUGUGAAAAUGCGUCCCAUGGAUGAGUCGUCGCCGGUCGACGCAGACUCAGCGCAAGUUUUCGAUACAGUUAUCUUUGCCGGCCCACCGCCGAUGAAGCAACGUUUGUGGCCACGCCACUGUGUACAGGAUUCGUGGGGUGCCGAGCUGCAUAAGGACUUAAAAGUAGUGGAUAAUGGUAUUAAAAUUUAUAAAGGCACAAAUCCCGAAGUCGAUUCGUAUUCCGUUUUCUGGGACAAUAAGAAGCUCUCUGACACAACACUGAAUGCGCAGCUCAAAAUGAAGGGUACAACGGAUAUUUAUGUAUGCGGACUGGCAUAUGAUGUGUGUGUGGGUGCAACCGCUGUCGAUGCCUUGUCCGUUGGCUAUCGUACCAUUUUGAUUGACGACUGUUGUCGCGGUACUGAUUUCCACGACAUCGAACACACUAAAGAGAAGGUGAUAAGCAACCAUGGUGUCGUGGUGCACUCGAAUGAGGUGCGUGGCAUGAUCGAAGGYCGCGAUCGACGCCCAGAGCUGGGCUACAAACUGGCUAUGGAACUUAAGAAUCCCGACUCUGCACUAUCMCAGCGCAAUGGCAUACGUCCAAUCGAUUAAACAUCGAUUAGUUGACAUAUGGUAGUUAGCAAAAGACCUCUGAGGCAUAAGUACAACAACAACGCAAUUAUUCCAGUAUCCUAUGAAAACGCUUAACAAAAUGGCUUCAAAGGCAUGCACCAGGAACAUGCACUUAUUCUAAAUGCAUAUAAAUGAAAGCCAGUAGAAAAAAGAAAAAUUACGAGUUUCAAGCAAAAAACUCAAGCUGAUGUGAGAUAGAAUAUUUAAAUGACAACAAAAAUCCGAAUAUUUAGUAGUGGCUUAGCUUUUAAUGGAUUAGAUUACUUAAUUUAUUUUAACUGAUAAAAAAAAAAAUAAAAAGAAAAUUAUUUAAAUUAUACAAAAUAACAAUAAAUAUAUACCAACUACUUAAGAACAUUGUCAAGUUCCUUCAAAUAAAAUCUAACGCACGUGAUAUUAUAAAUGAAACGCUUACAAUUACAUAUAAAUCCUACAUUUGAGAAAAUAUUUAAAAUGGAUUUAAUGAAACGAACGUAAAUUGUGUUGAGUGUGAAAUGAAAUUGAACAAAUUGAGUACAGAAUAAAGCUGUUA